GUUAUGCUCUUAUUUUGAAGGAGUGAAGCGAAAGUUCCGUCCUUCAGCUAAAGCUAAUGCUCCGCUGCUUCCGCGUUGUUUUCCUCCUUCAAACUGCAGGUAAGGUGAAGGCCAGGUGAGUCGGGAUGGCGGAGGAACAUUACCUGGAGCUGAGCGAGAACCCGGUCCAGUUUGAGCAUGCGUCGAGCGUCAACAACGUCUUCUUCGAUGAAGCUAACAAACAGGUGUUUGCGGUGCGUUCAGGUGGAGCCACAGGUGUGGUGGUGAAAGGGCCUGAUGACAAAAGCAGCGUUGCUUUCAGAAUGGAUGACAAAGGAGAGGUUAAGUGCAUCAAGUUCUCCAUCGGGAACAAGAUCCUGGCGGUCCAGCGGACCUCCAAGUCCGUGGACUUCAUCAACUUCAUCCCCGACUAUCCGCACACAGAGUUCACCCAGGAGUGUAAGACGAAGAACGCCAGCGUUCUGGGGUUCUGCUGGACCAGCUGGAAUGAGAUCGUCUUCAUAACGGACCAGGGCAUAGAGUUCUACCAGGUGUUCCCAGACAAGCGCAGCCUGAAGCUGCUGAAGAGUCAGAGCAUCAACGUGAACUGGUACCAGUACUGCCCAGAAACGGCCGUGAUCCUCCUGUCCACCACGGUGCAGGGCAACGUCCUGCAGCCGUUCGCCUUCCGGAACGGAACCAUGACCAAGAUGACCAAGUUCGAGAUCGAGCUGCCGGUCGUCCCCAAACCGGCCAAGCUGACGCUGUCGGAGAGGGACAUCGCCAUGGCAACCAUCUACGGCCAGCUGUACGUCAUGUAUCUGAAGCACCACUCCCGGACGGCGAACAGCCCCGGAGCCGAGGUGGUCCUCUACCACCUGCCCAGGGAGGGCGCCUGUAAGAAGAGCCACGUCCUGAAGCUCAACACCACUGGGAAGUUCGCCCUGAACAUCGUGGACAACCUGAUCGUCGUCCACCACCAGAGUUCUCAGACGUCUCUGAUCUUCGACAUCAGGCUGAAGGAACCGGACUGUGCCGUUAACACCCACCAGCCGGUUCUGCCGGCCCGGUCCAUCCAUCCCUACAGGAUUCCUCUGUCAGGUCCGGCCGCCGUCCCGACUCAGCCGCCGGUUCCGUGUCAGCUCUACUCUUCCUCCUGGAGCGUCUUCCAGCCCGACAUCAUCAUCAGCGCCAGUGAAGGUUACCUGUGGUACCUGCAGGUGAGGUUGCCCCCUACUGUCCAUCUGCUGCAGGACAAGGGCAAGCUGAUGGACUUCCUGCUGCGACGACGGGACUGCAAGAUGGUGAUCCUGUCCGUGUGCUCUCAGAUUCUGGACGGGCAAGAGAAGGGCAGCCUGCCCGUGGUGGCAACCGUCUUCGACAAGCUCAACCAGGUGUACAAGGAGUACCUGGAGGCGGAGCAGAGCUACACGGCGGCCAUGGAGUCGGGUCCGAGUCGGGGCGGUGGCGCCCAGAAGCGGCCGGUCCGGACGCAGGCCGUCAUUGACCAAUCAGACAUGUACACUCACGUCCUGUCAGCAUUCACAGAGAGGAAGGACGUGUCCCAUAAGUUCAUCAUCGCCGUGCUGAUGGAGUACAUCCGCUCCCUGAACCAGAACCAGAUCACCGUCCAGCAUUACCUGUAUGAGCUGGUGAUCAAGACUCUGGUCCAGAACAACCUGUUCUACAUGCUGCACCAGUUCCUGCAGUACCACGUCCUCAGCGACUCCAAACCUCUGGCCUGCCUGCUGCUGUCUCUGGAGAGCACCUACCCUCCGGCCCACCAGCUGUCUCUGGACAUGCUCAAGCGCCUGUCGACAGCUAACGAUGAGAUCGUGGAGGUUCUGCUGUCCAAGCAGCAGGUUCUGGGCGCGCUCAGAUUCAUCCGCAGCGUUGGCGGCCAUGACAACGUGUCAGCCAGGAAGUUCCUGGAUGCGGCGCGGCAGACGGGAGACCAGAUGUUGUUCUACACCGUGUUCCGGUCGUUCCAGCAGCGGAACCAGCGCCUCAGAGGAAACCCGUCCUUCAACCCAGGGGAACACUGUGAGGAGCAUGUGGCCCACUUCAAGCAGCUGUUUGGGGAGCAGGCGCUGAUGAAGCCAUCCACGGUGUGACCCCCCGCCCCCCACAUGAUGACCUCUGACCCCCAUAGGACCAAAUGGACCCAGCAGAACCACCAGGAAGGUUCCAGCAUCAUCCUCUUCCUCACAGCCCAAAUCUCUCUCUGAAUAACUCCAGCUGGAAAUAUUUACACUGCUAAUCUGUCAUUUAUUUCAUUAUAAUUAUAAUGAAAUAAACUGCAGAUGAUUUUUUUGGAACAUUAUUAAGUGUGAAAUGUAACUUCAUCCCUAAAAUACAGCGACUUUCAGAGCAGCAGAUCCUUUAAUAUUUGUGUAGCUAUAACUCCAUGUCUGUAAAUAAACACAUGAACACAAACAGAAAA